CAGAGAGAGAGAUUCUGGGGUUUUGGCUUGGUCCCUUGGGACUUUGAUCGACUCGUAAUGUCUCCGAGUCUUCAGAUUUCAGCUCAUUCUGCUUAAACGGCUUCUACUUCAGAUCUUCUCCAUUUUAUUGGUCUUUCAGAGAAUGGGGACUUGGGCGUGUCCUAUUUUCUCGAUUUCGGUUUUAGAAUUGGGUUUUUCUGUUACUUGGGUUUCUAUAAACGCUCCAUUACUUUUUCAAAUGGUGGUCCAUCUGUGCCCUGAUUUUUCUCAUCUGGACCAAGAAAAGGGUUGUUCAGAAGGAGGGCUUUGAGUAUCUCAUCAGCAUAUUGCCUUUAGUUUUUAUCACAUCAGUUCCUUCAGGGUUUCAUACAGAACCUAAGAUGGGUUCCAGAAUUCCAUCUCAUCAGCUCAGCAAUGGCCUUUACGUAUCAGGACGGCCAGAGCAGCCGAAGGAAAGGACACCAACUAUGAGCUCUGCUGCCAUGCCCUAUACAGGUGGAGAUAUCAAGAAGUCAGGAGAACUUGGGAAAAUGUUUGAUAUCCCUGUGGAUGGCUCUAAAUCUAGAAAAUCAGGCCCUCUAACUGGUGCUCCUUCAAGGACGGGAUCUUUUGGAGGUGCUGCCACACACUCUGGUCCAAUCAUGCCUAAUGCCACAGUUAGGGCCGGCUAUACCACUCUGGGGCCCAUAUCUUCUGGAGGCAUGUCUGGUUCAGCUUCCUUAAAGAAAUCAAAUUCUGGCCCACUAAAUAAGCAUGGUGAGCCUUUGAAGAAGUCAUCUGGUCCCCAAUCUGGUGGAGUAACACCAACAGGCCGCCAUAACUCUGGGCCUCUUCAUCAUGUGCUCCCUGCAACAGGUCUUAUUACAUCUGGACCCAUUUCUUCAGGCCCUUUAAAUUCUUCUGGGGCCCCUCGGAAGGUAUCUGGUCCUUUAGAAUCUAUGGGAUCGAUGAAAGUACCAGGCUCCUCUGUUGUUAACAAUCAGGCUGUGACUAUUCUUACUCAAGAUGAUGAGUUUUCCUUCAAGAGGAACCUCCCUAAGUUAGUGUCAUGGUCACUAAUUCUUCUUUUCGUGAUGGGGUUCAUUGCUGGUGGGUUUAUUCUUGGAGCUGUCCACAAUGCCAUUCUCCUUAUGGUGGUAGUGGCACUUUUCGGUUCAGUUGCUGCAUUAUUCAUCUGGAAUACUUUUUGGGGGAGAAGAGCCAUUAUUGGUUACAUUGCUCGUUAUCCUGAUUCGGAGCUUAGAACUGCGAAGAAUGGGCAAUAUGUGAAGGUCUCUGGGGUGGUCACUUGUGGCAAUGUGCCUCUUGAGACAUCAUUUCAAAAUAUUUCUCGAUGUGUGUAUACAUCAACAAGUUUACAUGAGUAUCGAGGAUGGGAUUCAAAGGCUGCGAACCCUUCACAUCGCCAUUUUACUUGGGGGCUCAGAUCAUUAGAAAGGCGUGUGGUUGACUUCUACAUCUCAGAUUUCCAGUCUGGAUUGAGAGCCUUGGUAAAGACUGGCUAUGGAGCAAGGGUGACCCCAUAUAUUGACAACUCAAUUGUCAUUGAUGUUAAUCCAGAGAAUGAAGAGUUGUCCCCAGAGUUCAUCAGGUGGUUGGGAGAGAGGAACCUCUCAAGUGAUGAUCGGAUGAUGCGGUUAAAAGAGGGGUAUAUCAAAGAAGGAAGCACAGUUAGUGUAAUGGGAGUUGUUCAGAGAAAUGAGAACGUGCUUAUGAUUGUCCCUCCACCGGAGCUGUUCACAACCGGAUGCCAAUGGGCAAAAUGUAUUUUCCCUGCUAGCCUCGAGGGUAUUGUUUUAAGGUGUGAAGAUGCAUCGAAGAACGAUGUCAUACCAGUUUAGCUGUAUAUGAGCUAUGAACUUCUUCAGUUAUUGCCUCUCCGAGUUUUUUUUUUUUUUUUUUUUCGUUCUCUACUAAUAUUGAUGGUAUUGGCGGUGGGAGUAACAAGCGAUAGGGGGAUUAUGAUGGUUUAAGGUGGGGUUGCCAUUCGUAUUCCUGGGUGUAUAGUUUUGCAGUGUUUCACUCUGUUUUAUUUUAUUUUUAUUUUUUUCUUCUAGGGUGGAAUUCUUUUUUUAACGAGGGUGCUUGCUGUAGUGAGGAGUUUUACUACUUGUUUGAGCAGAUUAAGAUUAUGUUAAAUAGUAGGAAAUUUAUGAGGCAUCGACUCUAUACAGAAACUGACUGGUAAUUUGUCUGCAUCCACACGCUGAGAAGGAUAUAAUUGUCUUAUCGACGCUUUUUAUCC